ACCAUAUAAAUAACUGUUCAAAGUUCAAAACAAUCAACGUCAGUAGUUGCAAUCUGUGAAAUCACCUGUGAUCUAGUUUUUAAUCAACGCAUAGCAAGUUGUUCCUUCUUCAAACUACUGCCUUCAACACCCUUAUCAAAUAGACUAGAAACAGCAAACUCACUCCAGAUAAUGACAUCAUCACCAACCCGUACCGUGCUAGAACGAUGCAUCUUUUGCAAAAUCGUCACCGGUCAGGACCCGAACGCCUCGAUAGUGUACCAAAACGAGCGCAUCUGCAUCUUCAAGGACAUCCGUCCGGCGGCAGAGCAACACCUGUUGGCCGUCCCGAAGUACCAUCUGGAUGACGUGCGCGCACUGACCUCGGCCGAACGACCCCUGUUGGAGGAAAUGCGAAAGGAACUGGGCAAUGUGCUGAAAGACCAAUUCCAAAUUGAUCCGGCGGAGGCACUGUUCGGGUUUCAUGUUCCACCAUUUACGACGGUCAAGCAUCUACACAUGCACGGCAUGGGUCCGGUGGGCAGCAUGGGAUUCCUUUCCAGGAUGAUCUUUCGACCGAAUUCGAUGUGGUUCAAUACGGAUCAAGCUGUUUUCAAUCGGAUUCCAGCGGUUUCCCAGGAUGAAACAGGAAGUCAGUAAGCUCAACAUUUCUUCCAAGGUAAUUUUAUAGUGUUAUGAGAUUUUAAUGCAUACUAUGUUAAACAUGAGAGGUUGGUGUUGAUCAUCUAAUUCA